GCUCAAAGCCCCACCCUACCCACACUGGUGCCCUCCUGACCGCUGCACCCCCCCUCCCCGAGGUCCCAGGCAUCUCCAGGGCUGCUCCUGCAGCUGGACUAGCCCUCUUCCCAGGUGCACCAUCUGUGAUGCAGCAGCCUCGAGUGGAGACAGAUGCCAUCGGAGCCGGUGAGGGGCCGCAGCCGGCCGUGCCUUGGUCGGCCUGGGUCACACGGCAGGGCUGGGUGCGCUGGUCCAUGUACCACGUGCCCCAGAGCUGGAUCCAGUGGUGGACCACAUCGAGCUGGCGGCAGCCACUUCAGCGUGUGCUCUGGGGUCUGGAGGGGAUCCUCUACCUGCUGCUGGCACUGAUGCUGUGCCACGCACUCUUCACUACCGGCUCCCACCUUCUGAGCUCCCUGUGGUCUGUGGUAGUUGCAGCAUGGCGCCAUCUGCUGCCCGCCAUCCUGCUGCUGGUGCUCAGUGCCCUCCCAGCCCUGCUCUUCGCCAUCUCCUUCCUGCUGCUGUUCUCUACGCUGCUGAGCCUCGUGGGCCUCCUCGCCUCCAUGUCUCACCAAGGCCACGCUCAGGACUUGGACUAAUAGAAGGGCAACCCCAUCUCACUGCCUGUGUCUGUUGAGCCCUGGCCUAGGGCCUCAGGCCCCUGGGGAGAGGGAGGGCAGUGAAACCAGAGCCUUCCUGCCUCAGCAGACCCAGACCUCCAGUCCCUAGCACUGGUUGUGUCAUGAGUGAUGUUGCUGGAACUGGCGGGGUAGGUUGGCCUGAACUCUGGGAACCUCCCUCAAGCUGAUGCUGCAGGUACUUGGUAUGGGGGGUCAGGGGCUUUAAG